AUGAUCUCCCCCUCAUCGACAUUACACGGUCACCGUCGCCAACUAUCAACUCCCGGCUUCGAAGUGGAUCGACCCGUGAUGGCCAAUAUGCCAGCCCGCCGCACACAUCGUCGUGGCCAGACUGUGGACUAUGGGUCCUUCGGUCCACAACUCGCUGUCGACCGACGAUGUGGGACAAACAAGGUCACCCAGCUUCGGGACUUUUUUAACGAAAAAGCAGCUUUCUCACGACAGGCCAUGGCUAGCCAGCAAUUUACAUCUUCAUCUCAACAUGACCAGCGGUUCAUUCCGUCCGGUCUUUCCCUGCAGCCCGAGCAAUAUCAGACCGCAUACAUGUGGAACCCGGAGGAACUGCAAGAGAUGUACACAACUGGUAGCUCUGCUACAUUCCCAACUUCUAUUGCUCCCGCUCUUGCACGAUCUGCAAGUGACAACCCAAGCUCCAACUCAGCUUUGAAAGGCUCUAUGCACCAAUUACAAGAAGAGCGCCAACGGCUUUCCCAAGCCCGCGAGCAGAAACGUUGGGGAUCCUUCCCUCAGCAAUAUCAGGCAAUGAUGCAUAAAGAUCACACUAAUGUUUAUGGUCGGACUAUGCAGCAACUCUCUGUUCAACCAGAGACUGAUUCUCCCAAAAUUAACCCCUACCUUUCAUAUAAUGCCCCUCUUACCCCCGAUACCACCCCCAUGAAGGGUUCUUUUGAUUUAUCCAUGUAUACCAAUGACCAGACCCCUACUAAGCCCCAGAGUUUUUCAUACCCCCGCACACCGGUUACUGCUGAGAUGCAAAGAACCCAGUCUCUCCAAGGAUUGCCUGGGUCAGACCCUGUCCACAUGACCCAUAUGCCAUCGCCUGCCACUUCCGUCGCCGACUAUGCCGAGCUCGCCGCUAUGCCUUCACCCGGCUCCUGUGGCGUGUCACCAUACAAGAUUAGUCCGUCCAAUAAUAAGCGGAAGCGCGCUUUGUCUCCUGCUUCGUCGAGUGGCCAAUCUGAGGAAGAUAUGAUCGAGCCCGUGGAUGAGUUUGAUCUCGAUGCCCGCGUCAAAGCAUCUGUGAAAGAAAGUUCAGUGUCCAGUGAUGAGAUCAACCAGUACAUUUCCGGCCCUGACCCCAAAGACAACAAAUGGGUCUGCACCUUCUCCGGCUGCCAUUGUCGCUUUGGUCGCAAGGAGAACAUCAAGUCCCACGUCCAGACUCAUCUGAAUGACCGUCAGUACGUAUGUGACCGGUGUGGAAAAGACUUCGUCCGUGGACAUGAUCUCAAGCGCCACCUGAAGACCCAUUCCGGGAAGAAGCCUUUCGCCUGUGCCUGUGGUGCUAGCUUCGCUCGUCAAGAUGCCCUAACCCGCCACCGUCAACGUGAUAUGUGCGUUGGAGGUUUCACUGGGUUUGUCCCGAAGACCACCAAGCGUGGCCGCCCGCCAAAGAAAGCUCGUCCCGAUGUCGAAACCCGUCAGAUCAAAUCUACUCGUACCCGUCAACGCAUUGCUCAGAAGUCCGCCCCCCUUAUGCCCGUGAAGAUUGAGAACACCCGCCAUGAACAGCCAAUGUUUAACUCUCCCAACUAUGCCCCGUCUACAUCUAUGUCUUCUUUUACUCCGCCUACAUCCCCCGGUCGAGCCGUGGACCACGAGUCACCAAUAUCAAAUAUUCCCAUGAGCUCCCAGCAGUUCGAGGACGACAUGCUUCCAUUGCCAUUGUCACCCUCCCAGAUGGCCCACAACCGAUAUGCUCGUGCCAUGGAACAAUUCGAUUCCAAACCUCCCACCUCUUCUCAGGACUGCUUGUACAGUGACCCUGCUCUUUCUCCUUACGACAUGUCCUCACCUCACUCGGCGCCAACCCUAGCAGAGUCCACUGUGGGCUCUGAAAUCGAUGUCUUCAUCUCUCAAGACCCCACCGAGCGACUGCAAGAAGAGUUCAAGAUGGAGGGAUUUGAUUCUAUCAGCUCUCAAGGCUACUCCCACCUUCCCAGCAGCUAUGCCUACGUCGACUCUUCAGACUUUGCUAUCUACUCCGACGUCCCUGGGAAGACUAUCUCCGGCCUCAGCGCCCUUGAGAUGGACCCUUACUCCGACCAGAUUGAUUCACUUUCCAGCGAAUUUCUCGUCGACCCUUGA